AUGUUCGGAUGUGAGAAGCGGAGAAAGUGCGAGUAUUUGGUAGAGAUUGACAUCAAUGUACCGGAUCUUGUCCUUAUAACGAGCAAUGUCCUCGGGUCCAAGGAAGAUACCAUUUCUGAUUCCUCCUCCUCCUCCUCCUCCUCCUCCUCCUCCUCCUCUUCUUCUUCCGGUAGAGAAUCGUCUCCAGGGCCAUACUCGGAUUCUGAACUUGAUAUCGACUGGGAGUACCCAGGUGCUCCUGAUCGAGGGGGAAAGACUGAAGACACCAAGAAUUAUGUUGCUUUGAUGAAAACCCUUCGUUCCACGUUUGACAAGUCGACAAGGGAUCUCGGGUUGUCUUUCACAAUUCCCUCCUCGUAUUGGUACCCCGGUGGUUUGAUUAUGCCCGGUAUGAUGAAGUAUGCCGACUGGACAAACAUGAUGAGCUACGAUCUCCACGGUACCUGGGACCGCAAAAACGCAAUCGGCAGCAUUGUCCAAGGCCAUACGAAUAUGACCGAGAUCAAGCAAGCCGCUGAGCUUUUAUGGCGAGUCGGAAUCAAGCCUGAACAAGUGGUGGUGGGCUUCGGCUUCUAUGGGCGCUCAUUCAAGCUUGGGGAUCCAUCUUGCGCGACUCCUGGCUGCAGUUUCAAGGGAGACGCAGCGCCCGGUAGUUGCUCAUCAACCAGCGGGAUUCUGAUGUACUAUGAGAUUCAGGCUUUGUUGGACCAAGAUAAAAGUUUGAAGCCUGUUCACGAUAAAGAGGCGGCUGUGAACUAUUUCCAGAAGCUCGCUUGGGCCAAUGAGACUGGUAUUGGUGGCUCGCUCAUCUGGGCAUCCGAUACAGAUGACGACAAGUACAAUGCCAUGCGGGGGCUUCUUGAUAAAUCGGUCUCUCAUCCGGAAAUCAGCAAGAUCCCGGACAUGCGGUAUGCAUUCGAGGAUAAAAACUGA